AGCGCGCCUGUGCGUGGCAGUCGCUGCUUGUCUCGGCAUAAAUAUAUAUCGGCAAGCGCUGCGCGCGACCCAGAAAGCGCAUGCGCCGCACAUCUGCGCGCGACGUCGCUAGCGUGCGGCCGAGUGCGCGGUGAGCUCGUCGAUACGGCCGUCUCGGGUUGAAAAACAACAAAGAAAGCGGAAAUAAAGGACGUCCGCUGGACCCGUGGCGCCAGUGCACCCUUCCGAAGGCGUCCUCGUACGAGGUAAAAACCCAGCUUGCAGCGUUGCUGCAGUGCGGACUGGCACAAAUAAAUACUCCGCUAAGCCUAGCCCGGCGGAGAUGACGACGACGCGGGUGCCCCAUCGCUGGCGGAAGCGCCGCUAACGCCCCUGCGAAGCGCGCUUCCACCCGAGGGCUAAGCGCUGCGGCGAAGCCGACCCCCUCCGCAACAUGUUGGAGCCGUCUUCCUCCGAAGAUGAAGGCGGCAGCGACAACGAACCGGUCGAGGACGAGGUCUCGGAGGCGGCCGCCGUGGUGCUCGAGCUGCCGCGCAGCGUGAGCGCGACCCGGAGCCUGUCGCCGGCCGCCGAGCCCUCGCCGUCUUCGGCCCAGUCGCGCUCCAACAGCCUGGCGCGGCCGUCCAGCCCGAGCCCGUCGUUGGUGAGCGAGAAGGACGAGACGGCCGAGCGCGAGGAGGAGCUGCGCAAGAAGCGGCUGCAGUUGUACGUGUUCGUGCUGCGCUGCGUCGCCUACCCGUUCAACGCCAAGCAGCCGACGGACAUGACGCGGCGGCAGACCAAGAUCACCAAGCAGCAGCUGGAGACCAUCCAGGCCAGGUUCCAGGCAUUCCUGAAGGGGGAGACGCAGAUAGCGGCGGACGAGGCGUUCCAGAAUGCAGUGCACAGCUACGUGGAAGUGUUCCUCAAGAGCGAACGGGUGCAGCGCAUGGUGGCCAGUGGGGCCUGCUCAGCGCACGACUUCCGCGAGGUCUUCCGUGCGAAUGUUGACAAGCGUGUGCGCAGCCUGCCCGAAAUGGACGGACUCUCCAAGGAGACAGUCCUGGGCUCCUGGAUGACCAAGUUUGACGCCAUCUUUCGCGGGGACGAGGAUACCCGCAGCCGGACACAGCAGGGUCGAACUCUGCUGCCGCACGGCCUGGCCUCCGAGCUGCUGCUCUCCAAGGAGCAGUUGUACGAGAUGUUCCAAGGGGUGCUCAACAUCAAGAAGUUUGAGCACCAGCUGCUCUACAACGCCCUGCAGUUGGACUCGGCAGAUGAGCAGGCAGCGGCCAUCCGGAGGGAACUAGACGGUCGUGUGCAGAAAGUCAACGAGAUGGAGAAGAACCGCAAGCUGAUGCCCAAGUUUGUGCUCAAGGAAAUGGAGAGCCUGCAUGUCGAGGAGCUGCGGUCGUCCAUCAACCAACUCAUGCUCAACCUGGAGAGCCUGCCUGUCUCAAAAGGAAGCGCCGAGAGCAAGUACGGCCUCCAGAAGCUGAAGCGCUACAACCACAGCACUACCCAGGUGGAAGUGAUACUACGUGACUGCUUGACCAGGUACCUGCAGGCACCACUCUGGAUGGUCGUCUAUGAUGCUGUGCUGCUUGCAUGUGCUGCUACGAGCCAGGCCUCCCUUUCCAAAGAAGGUCUGGCCGAGGACACUGAGACGACCUUGUCAAAACUGGACAUUGUGCUCUCCUUCACGCUGGAGGUGGUUGUGAUGGAGGUGAAGGGGCUGAAGUCGCUGGCUCCGAACCGCAUCGUCUACUGCACCAUGGAGGUGGAAGGGGGUGAGAAGCUGCAGACGGACCACGCCGAGGCCUCUAAGCCCAUGUGGGACACCCAGGGUGACUUCACCACGGGACAGCCCUUGCCCUUAGUCAAGGUGAAGCUGUACACGGAGAGCCCAGGCCUGCUCUCUCUCGAUGACAAGGAGCUGGGCAAGGUGCUGUUGCACCCAAACCCUCUGAGCGCCAAGGCACCCGAGUGGUACCGGAUGGUGGUGCCCAAGAACGCCCAAGACCAGGACCUGCGUAUCAAGAUUGCCCUGCGCAUGGACAAGCCGCAGAACAUGAAGCACUGUGGCUACCUGUACGCUCAAGGCAAGCAAGUGUGGAAAAAGUGGAAGAAGCGUUACUUUGUUCUUGUCCAAGUGUCGCAGUACACGUUUGCCAUGUGCAGCUUCAGGGAAAAAACAUCGGUGCCCACGGAGCUGCUUCAGCUGGAUGGCUACACAGUGGACUACACGGAGACACUCACAGAGAUGGAGGGUGGCCGCUUCUUCUUUAACGCCGUGCGGGAGGGGGACAGUGUGGCCUUUGCGAGCGAGGACGAGAACGAGUGCCACCUUUGGGUGAUGGCCAUGUACCGGGCGACUGGCCAGUCGCAUAAGCCGACGCCCCUCAUCCAGCCACUGGCCAGCAAGAACUCCACCAUCUCGCGUAUGCAGGGCGACACCGAGCGUGCCCGGAAGCAUGGCAUGGACGAGUUCAUCUCGGCUGAUCCUAACCGCUUUGACCAUCACUGCCUGUUCCGCAUGCUGCAGACAUUGACCCUCGAUUAUCGACUGGCUGACCCAUACUGCUCGCUGGGUUGGUUCAGUCCCGGUCAGGUGUUUGUGCUGGACGAGUACGCAGCACGCUACUGUGUGCGCAGCUGCUUUCGUCACCUGUGCUACCUGCAGGACCUGCUCACACGUGCCGAGAAGGGCCUCAUGAUUGACCCCACGCUCAUCCACUACAGCUUUGCCUUCUGCUCCUCGCACGUCCAUGGAAACAGUAUCGCCCCUCCAGCUGGCCUGGUCGUUACAGACGUGAGGCCUGAUGGCAUCGGCACCGUCACCGUCGAGGAAAAGGACAUGUUCGCUCAGGUCAGGGAGCGCCUGCGCAUUCUUCUGGAACACCAGAUUACCCACUUCCGGUACUGUUUUCCAUUUGGGAGGCCGGAGGGCGCCCUCAAGGCUACUCUGUCCCUGCUCGAAAGGGUGUUGAUGAAGGACGUGAUGACUCCAGCACCUCCGGAGGAGGUGCGUGCCAUCAUUAAAAAGUGCUUGGAGAAUGCGGCCCUCGUCAACUAUACCCGCAUCUCGGAGCAGGCCAAACUACAAGGUCACUACCAGGCAGGAGCUGCCCAACUACAAGACCAGGAGUACCACCUUGAGGAGCAGCUGCCUUCGAACCGUAAGCUGAAGGAGCUGAUCCACCUUGCCGAACUGUGUGUGGACCUGCUUCAGCAGAACAAUGAGCACUACUCCGAGGCGUUUGCGUGGUUCAGCGAUCUGCUGGUGGAGCAUGCCGAGAUCUUCUGGUCGCUGUUUGCGGUUGACAUGGACGCGGUGCUCGCGGAGCAGCCGCCCGACACCUGGGAUAGCUUCCCUCUGCUGCAAGUGCUCAACGAUUACCUACGCAUUGAUGAAAACUUGUGUGGAGGUCGCUUCCACCAGCAUCUGCGAGACACAUUUGCUCCUCAAGUGGUUCGCUACGUGGACCUCAUGGAGUCCUCCAUUGCCCAGUCACUGCACAAGGGCUUUGAGAAAGAGCACUGGGAGAUCAAAGGCAAUGGCUGCCCAUCGUCCGAGGAACUGUUCUGGAAGCUGGACGCACUGCAGUGUUUCAUCCGAGACUUGCACUGGCCCGACGAGGUGUUUGCCAAGCACCUCGAGCAGCGGCUCAAGCUCAUGGCCUGUGAUAUGGUGGAGUCUUGCGUCACUAGGACGCUGCAGGCAUUCCAGCAGCUGCAGAGAAAGAGCAAGUGGAAUACAACUGACUACAUCGUGCCCUCAGAGAUGUGCGCCAUGAUCAACGUGGUACUCGAGGCACGCAUCCAGUCACUCAAGCUGUGCACCGUGGACGGAGCUGACGUGCACCAGUACCACAGCAAAAUUGAUGGCCUCGUGGAUGGGACACUUCAAGAGAUGCAGACAGGACUCAUUGCCAAGCUGACCAGCAUGCUGGAGGUAACCUUGGCCAAGCUGUCCCGCUACGAUGAAGGCAGUCUGCUGGCACCCAUUCUCUCCCUCACGUACCGGCAGGGCAUGUCCAGUUCAGGCAAGGAAGUGGGCCAGCAGUACAUCAACUCUGUGCGCAACAGCAUGGAGCAGCUUCGUCAGAAGGUCAGCGACGAACUCUGGGUGCUCGCCCUGUUCGAGCAAUGGUAUGCUGCCCAGAUGAGCCUGCUGUGUUCGUGGCUUUCGGAGCGUUUGGAUCAUGGACUUCACUCAAUCCAACUGUCAGCACUGCUGCACAUUGCUCGGAAGCUGUACUCAGACUUCGAGCUCCAAGGUAUUGAGGAGGAGAAACUCAACUCAAAGGUGUACCAGACAGUGUGCAGUCGGCUUCAGCUGGAGGAGGCAGCUGCCUCAGUAUCGGACGCCAAUAGCCGUGAGAAGGACGACUCUGAAGCCACAAAAAGGGGCAAGUCGCUGCACUUUAAGACAGCCAUGUCUGCGAACGUUGCCAUCAUCGACCUGCAAGAGUCUAGAGUCAGCUCCGCUACUACACAAGCCAUAGCGAACAGGAAUGGCAACGACCGUCACAUCGUGCUUCGCGUAGCCGACGAUCACGUCGCGUUGCCGCCCAAGAGCUUCGUGCUUACCCUUGUCCGAUGAGACAUGGAGGACGACGCCGAAGGAAUUGCUGAGGCAAACAUCCCCCUGCUUCUUGAGCGCCACAUUUGCAUA